GCAAAGAAGCAGAGGACACCAGUAGGAGCUGCUGAUGGGACAAUGUCAUCCCAAAUGCUGUGGACCAACCGAGGGUCCGUUUCAAGGGGAAGAAGACGAUCAAGAUGACGUGGUUGCCACAGAUGAGGCCUCCAUCAUACAGUUGAGGAGCAGCCAGGUGGGUGCCACACUCGUCCAGCAGAUCUCUUUGAUGGAGGAAAGCACCGCUUCGACGAAGCUGACCGGCGACUGGGACGUGAAGCCCGUGCUGUCGGAAGAGUCCUCUGAGGAUCCGGGCUUCUUUGAGGUGUCACCUGUAAAUAAGCCUCUCGAUGAGACGACACUGCAGCAGUAAAUGAUUGCGGAAAAUUCUGCGCACCGCUUAGCCGAUGAGUGAAGGAGCUGCCCACUGAAGUUUGUGGGAUUGAAGCUUGUAUCUAGGACUUUUCUUGAAGACGGAGACGAGGGGAGUGCCGGAACUCACCC